GAAUAUUCUCCGAGAAAUAAACGAACGUGUAGAGCCCAGGUUGCCGACAGGUUGCCCAGACCUACAAAAGCGGAAGACAUAAGAGACUUGACAGCUGACAUAAUCUACUUUUUUAUAAAAAGCUUUUGUACAAUGUUUUUGAAAAUCGUCAUAAUAUUUGCUUUCAUAGUGAAGAAUUUUGCAUUUGAAUUCAACGGGCCAUCUCUUCCAAACUCGAACUUUAUUCCUAUGUGGAAUGCUCCAACAGAAAGUUGCAAAGAGAAAUGGGGUGUUGACCUACAAUUGAGUAAAUAUGGCAUAGUUCACAAUGAUCAACAAAUCUUCCAUGGGGAAUUCAUAAAUAUUUKUAAUCCAACAUUUGGUUUAUGGCCCUGUUAUGAUGAUGAUGGCACUCCUUUGAAUGGGGGACUACCUCAGUUAGGCAACCUUGACAGUCAUCUGCAGAAGGUCACCAGUGAUAUUCAGAUGUUUAUACCAGAUAUUGAUUACCAAGGUUUAGCGAUAAUAGACUGGGAAAAAUGGAGGCCAAUAUUUGAUAGAAACUGGGACCAUCUAUCUCUGUACAGAAAUGAGUCAAUGAAUUUAGUACGAAAGGAGCAUCCAUCUUGGUCUAAACAACAGAUAGAAACUGAAGCCAGGAAAGAAUUUGAAACCGCAGCAAUGAAAUACAUGCAAGGUACAAUCAUGACUGCUCGUAGUGUACGCCCUAAAGCUCUCUGGGGAUACUAUGGGUUUCCUCGAUGCUACAAUACUAGACUUCCUUCAUAUGAAUGCAGUCAGAAGACAAUAGAACAGAAUGAUCAGCUGUCAUGGCUAUUCAACUCAAGCACAGUUAUUUUCCCAUCCAUUUAUUUGUCACCAAAUUUGAAAUACAACAAGACAAGCUAUGCCAAGGGUAAUAUCCUGGAAUCAUUUCGUGUGGCCAAGAUUGACAAUGAACAUCGUCUUCCUGUAUUCCCAUAUGUGAGAGUUGUCUACGCAUUAUCUGAAAUGUUUCUGAACAAGGCAGACAUGUAUGCCACUGUUACCCAAUCGGCAGAGUUGGCUUCAUCUGGGGUAGUUAUCUGGGGCUCGUCAGAGGACAAAAACAAAGACUUUUGCAUCCAACUAAGUAACUACAUUGCUGAGUUUUUUGGUCCCUUGGUGCAAACAUUGAAUGAGAUUGCCCAAGACUGUGGUAAUGAGUACUGUACUGGUUCACAUGGAAGGUGCCGGUUUAGACUAGAAGAAGUCAAUAGUUACGAAAAGAAUGUUCUGUUGGGGCUGAAAGAGAAGUGGACAUUCUUGGAGUGUAUAUGUAGAGAUGGAUGGACAGGCAAGACAUGUGAAAAAUCUACCUUCUAAAUGGUUGGUUACUGAAAGAGAGUGAAAAAUGGUAAAGGGAAGGAAGGAGGGAAGGUAAGAAAUGAAAUGGGAAAAAAGUGAAAAUGGAAAAAGGUCUGAAAGGAGAAUGAGUGUGAAGGAAAAGAGGAGAGGGAGGAUAAAGGGAGAAAAGAUGGGAAUGAGAGGAAGAGAUGAGAGAGGAGAAGGCGAGACAUUUGAAGAGAAGAAAGUAGAGGAAUAGUACAGGAGAGAGAAAGGAGAGAGAAGGGGGAAAAUGAAUGAGAGGAAGGAAGCUAGAGUACCAUUACCAAAUAACACUAAAUUUUGUAAUUUUUAAUGUUCUAUUUAAUGUUUUCCACACAUCGUGAGUUUAUGUACAAUAUGAUAACUUGUUUUGUA